AAAAGCCUCCUGGAUGGUCUGUGUGUCUCAUCUUCCUCUUCAGAGAAGGGAAAUGACAUCUGAUUGUUUGCACUGAGACCUGUGAAGUCGAUCUGUCACUUUCUGUCGAAUUAUUUUACAUUCUAACAGGCCAGUAGCCAAAACACUGUCUAGGUGCAGUCCGGUCCGCCUUGUUGUUGUUUUUAUUUUCCUUGCUGAAUGUUAAUCUCUGGGUUGCAAUCUCUGAUUUACUUACAGCUCAAUCUUUUUAUUUCACACCCUAUGGGUAUCCAGGCAGCAGAAAUAGCUGCAUCCACGGGGCAAAGAGCACAGGGAGGGUGAGUCAAGAGGAGGGCCCUGAGAUCCAGGACUUUGGGUUGCCUGCACUUAGCUCUCAUUUUGCUGCCAAUUUACCGACUGACUUAUCUUUUAAGUUGCCCUAAUGCCACCCAUUAAAAGGAAAUUAAAAUGAGUUCACCAUCUGCCUGACAGCAGCAGGUUUGCAGAGCUGCUGUGGAGCACUGGGAGUCGAUGGCUCAGGGAAAACAAGGCAGGACUUGUCAAAUGGCAGCGAGAGGGAGGAAUGCAAGUCCCAAGGACGGCACUCGGUGAUUCUGGGACGUUGAUCCCACCCAGAGCUCAGGGGAUGUGCUCCCCGCAGCAGCUUCCUUUGCUGCUGGGGGUCGGAAGCAGCUUUCCAUCUGGGCUUUCUGCUCGGUAAUCCCGAUCCGAGCUGCAGUUUGCCACCGGGUAACGGGGCUGAUCAGAUUAGAGCCUCGCCUGGAAUGCGCCGGGGAUCAGCGCUGCGGAACAGGCGGCUCUGUGCGCCCGCUGUCCUUUCCCUGUGCCACAUCCCUCUCCGAGCAUGGCACAGCCACCCUAACAGGUGGCUCUUUUGGGGGCAGAGCCCACACUUUGUGAGCGAGCUGGCAGCGGGGGCGGCAGAGCCAGCGCGGCUCGCUCCUGGCUGCGCUCCCACGGGAAGCCGCGGACGGAGGAGCUGCGGUCGGGCUUUCUGCCUGGCUCAGAAUUAAAGAAGCAGAGCUGAUCGUUACUCUGAUGACAGGGGGGGACUGCCGCGGAGUUUCAGCUUCUCUGGACUCUUGUUUUGUGUGGGUAUCUGGAAGCCAUCCAGCCGCUCUGUCGGGUUUUGUGCACAGUCUGUCCCCGGGCUCAGCGCGGACGGGAGGAAACCGCUUCUCUUCCUCCUGGAAGGGGGGUGGCCUCUCCCCUGCCCCCCUUCAGCCUGUCCUGCUGCAAGCAGGCAGAAAAGGGGUGAAAAAAGGCCUUGUUUGUCUUGUGACAUCAGUGCUGGGCUCCUGACUAAUGCUGGACCUGCCCCACAUCCUCUGGAAAUGAGGUUGUGGACAAGCAGCAAACAUGGAGAGGCUGGUGGAGCGGUUGGAGAAGGCUGUGGAGCGCCUGGAGACCGUGUGCCAAGGCCCUGGCAUGUGUGGAGAUGCCCCUGCCAAAGGAGUGGCUCAGUACGUGCAGGCUUUCGAUGCCCUUCUGGCUGGGCCGGUGGCCGAGUACACCAAGAUCAGCAGAGAAGUUGGUGGGGAUGUGCAGAAGCACGCUGAGAUGGUCCAUGCAGGCUUGAUGAGCGAGAGGGCUCUUCUGGUGGUGGCAUCUCAGCAUCAGCAGCCAGCAGAGAACGCGUUCUCAGAGCUUCUCAAGCCCAUCUCGGAGCAGAUCCAGGCCGUGCAGAAUUUCAGGGAGAAGAACCGUGGCAGCAAACUGUUCAACCACUUAUCAGCAGUCAGCGAGAGCAUCCCAGCCCUGGGCUGGGUGGCCAUGGCUCCAAAGCCUGGUCCUUAUGUGAAGGAAAUGACUGAUGCUGCCAUGUUUUACACCAACCGGAUCCUCAAGGAGUACAAGGAUGUAGAUAAGAAACAAGUGGACUGGGUCAAAGCUUACCUGAGCAUCUGGACAGAGCUGCAGGCCUACAUCAAAGAGUACCACACCACAGGGCUGACCUGGAGCAAAACAGGUCCUGUAGCCACAGCAGGGGCUAAAGCACCACCUGCCCCCCCGGCUGGGCUUGCACCCCCACCUCCAGGGCCUCCCCCUCCUCCUGCCCCCAUGAGCUCCAGCACAGACGACUCAGCCUCACGCUCGGCGCUCUUCGCCCAGAUCAACCGGGGAGAAGGGAUCACCUCGGGCUUAAGGCACGUCUCAGAUGACAUGAAAACCCACAAGAAUCCAGCCCUGAAGAACCAAGGGGGCCCCGUGAGAAGCGGCCCCAAACCUUUCACUGCUCCCAAACCAGCCUGUAAUGCUAAUCCCUCCCUGAAGGCACCUCCAUUGCUAGAAUUAGAAGGCAAAAAGUGGAGAGUGGAAAACCAGGAGAAUGCCACUAACCUGGUCAUCAGUGACACAGAGUUGAAGCAGGUAGCAUAUGUUUUCAAGUGCACAAACAGUACACUCCAAAUCAAAGGCAAGAUCAACUCCAUCACCCUUGAUAACUGCAAGAAGCUGGGUCUGGUGUUUGAUGACGUGGUGGGCAUUGUAGAGAUCAUCAACAGCAGGGAUGUUAAAGUCCAGGUCAUGGGUAAAGUGCCAACGAUUUCCAUCAACAAGACAGAUGGGUGCCACGUGUACCUGAGCAAGAGCUCCCUCGACUGCGAGAUCGUCAGUGCCAAGUCCUCAGAGAUGAACGUGCUCAUCCCCACCGAGGGGGGAGACUUUACUGAAUUCCCUGUCCCAGAACAGUUCAAGACAGUGUGGAACGGUCAGAAGUUGGUUACCACUGUGACAGAAAUUGCUGGCUAAGCCGAAAAGCUCCAAGGCUCACGCCCUCCCCUGGCCCUGCUGUGGGACAAAUCUGCUUUCAGAUGAUUCUCUUAGAUUUCUUGUACCUUUCUGCUCUCAAACUGCUUCUCUUCUACCCGAGAGACACAGCUGCCUGCCAUCACUGAGAUUCCUCUGCCUGGGGCUUGGGGUAGGUGGCGGGUCAGUGGUUGUCCACCUCUCUCAGCAGGAAGGUGUAUUUUUCUCUCCCCUUGUCCCAUCUAACUGCACCAAUCGAUCAGUCUCGGUGAACUUCACAGCCAGUCCUGGCAGUUGGUUUCAGAGUGUUGUUUUCGUAUUGCCUUUAAGCAAAACUGUUCAUGUGAGAGGAGUGUUGUCCCCUUUUUAAGGAGUAACGGUGUCUGUCGGAGUCCACAGUACCCAGCCCUAGAGCAGCUGUCCUGGGAAGCUCCUGCAAGCUGCUCAUUCCAGCUCUCUGGAGCAGCUGGUGCCAUCACAGGACAUGGGAACGGUUUUGUCGGACCAAAGGCUGAGGACCUGGGCCAAUUCCACCCUGAUUUCUCUUCCAUCAUUCCCACUAGCUCAGUGCAUUCCUGAUUGUGCCAUGACAGGAGGCUUUCAUUCCCCAGUGCCACAGGAAGGCUGCAGCGGUGUGGCCACCCAGCAGCCUGGCUGGUAGCUUGGAGCUGAGCACCUCUCAUUCCAUGAGCCCUCCACCUUCACAAGGGAACCUUUCCCCCAGGGCUUCCUUCCUGGAGCAGCUGAACUCAGGUUCAGUCUCCCAGGAUGGUUUUUCUGAAUCUGUGCCCUUCCCCAGAGGCAGGAGCUCCUCCAUUCCAGGUCAGUAGUGCAGAGCUGUAAAUACCCAAGUUGGAUCAAGUCGGUUCAUCACUCUCUUCCUCAUCUGCAAUCAGCCCCCACUGAAUCCUCCCCCUUUUUCCCCUCUGUUGCUUGGCUCUUUAUUUUGGUGGAAGCUCGUAGCCUCUGUUCCAGGGCCCUGGAGCAGAGUGAUGGAUCACACAGUACUGUACUGACCCAUAAAGGGAGCUGCACGUGCUUUGACCUUCAUUUUUCCAACGCCUCGGGUGGCAUAAGCAUAUCUUAAAUGCAUUUCUUCUGUAAAGUGUCAAUGUUCUUUUUCUCUAGUACAAAACUUACAAAAAAAAAAAAAAAAAGAAAAAAUUAUGCAAUUUUUUUUUUAUUUUGAAACUGUCCUGUGACUUGUACUUGUCUUCUCCUGAGGCUUGUGAAAAAACCUUUCUUAUGUACUUAAGAUUAUACAGAAGAUAGAAUAAAGUUAAUGCCAACUUGCUCAUUA